UAUUCUCAAGAGUGAUUGGAUGGGAUGCGUCUUUAAAACUGAUCCCAUUGCAGACAAUUUUAGUUAAUAUUAUUUGAGGAAGAAGAACACGUCUGUGCUGCAACUGAAGUCAUGAGUGGAUGUCCGUACUUUGAGAAGAGGCAUUUGUUAUUCAAAAACAAGCCUCCCAAAACAGAGGAAGAUGAGGAUGCCUCUCAGGCAGGUGUAAACAAGGCCAGUAAAGGAGGAAUCAUCUAUGGGGACUACCUACAGCUCGACAAAAUCGUCUCAGCCCAGGUGUUGCAGAGUGAACUUAAGGGCAAUAAAAUCCACGAUGAGCACCUCUUCAUUGUCACCCAUCAAGCCUAUGAACUGUGGUUCAAACAGAUUUUGUUUGAACUUGAUUCAGUGCGACAUAUUUUCAUCAGUGGACAUGUCAGAGAUGAACGCAACAUGCUGAAAGUCAACAAUCGCAUCCAUAGGGUUGUGAUGAUCUUUAAGCUGUUGGUCGACCAGUUUGCGGUUUUGGAAACAAUGACAGCCUUGGACUUUUUUGACUUUAGAGAUUACCUGGCUCCAGCCUCUGGAUUUCAAAGUCUUCAGUUUCGGAUCUUGGAGAACAAAAUCGGGGUCCCGGACAACCUGAGGGUCCCAUACAACAGACGCCAUUACAGGGACAACUUCAAGGGUCAUGAGAGUGAGAUGCUUCUCGCCAGUGAACAGGAGCCAACACUUUUAAAACUAGUCGAGGAGUGGCUGGAGAGAACUCCUGGCUUGGAGGUGGAUGGAUUCAAUUUCUGGGAAAGGCUGGAAAUCAAUAUUUUUCAUGGGCUGAAUCUGGAAAAGGAGAAAAUUGAGAAAAUGGAAGAUUCUGAGGACAAGGAAGAGUUGAUGGCGGAACUGGUCAAACAGAAAGAGCUGUUUACUUCUCUCUUUGAUGAAAAGCGUCAUAACCAUCUCCUAAGCAAAGGUGAGAGGCGCCUCUCUUACAAGGCUCUCCAAGGUGCCUUGAUGAUCAACUUCUACAGGGAAGAGCCGAGGUUCCAGGUUCCUUUCCAGCUGCUCACAUCUCUCAUGGAUAUUGACACCCUCACGACAAAAUGGCGAUACAAUCAUGUAUGCAUGGUGCAUCGUAUGAUUGGCAGCAAAGCCGGCACUGGCGGUUCAUCUGGCUACCACUACCUGAGAUCUACUGUCAGUGACCGCUACAAAGUAUUUGUGGAUCUGUUCAAUCUGGCAACGUUCCUGGUGCCUCGCCACUGGGUGCCCAAGCUAAAUCCCAACAUUCAUAAGUUCCUCUACAUGGCCGAAUGUUGUGACAGCUCCUACUGCAGCAGUGAAGACUCUGACUAGGGGGAUCUCAGUCAAAUCUCAGUUGUCUGUCCAGGCUUACUUUUUCACUGUAACUGACCUCAAAACAGUAUAUACGUUGCAGGUUAUAAUAACAGGUGAGUACUGUAGGAUGAUGAAGAAAACUCUUAAAACUCAGGAAGAUGCCAUUUUUGGAGCAUCUCUGUGUGUUUGUUAUUUUAUCAUUGAAAAAAUAUGUUGGAGUGAAGCAUGGCACAGGGAGGGGUCAUUUGACAUAGUUGACUAUCUUAAACCACCAAAAUAUCCAUUAGGGAGAGACACUUGAUACCAUGAUGGUAUUAUUGGUUGGAUUUAAAGAAUUUUUGUAUUUGGAUUGGGAAAUGUAAAAAAAAAGA